AUGGAGACAAGCGAGAAUCCCAAUGCGGCCGAAAGGGCAAGAGUAGACACUGCAGCCACCCCCCAUCAUGAUGACCCUUUGGCGGGGAUUUCUCAAGCGUCUCCGUUGUUUCCGCUGCCUUCUGACGAUUUGUCGUUGUCCUUAACUUCUUGUCCACCGGGGGCUGAUCCCGAAAUUCCCUCAGGUUUUACAGCAUACUCGCAGUCUCCGUCUCCAGGUGAACCUGAUACCUCAGGCCAGUACCCUUCGUCUACGGGGGACGCGGUUCUCUCCAGUCCUGCUUCACUCCUAUCUCCGCUUAUCAACCGCGUAUCUCCAGCUUUCUGUCUCUCCACGCCUUCUCCGGAGACGGCUGCGACCUCGACUUUGCGUCCCAGGAACAGCGGCGACUUUCUUUCGGUGAUUUCGUCUCCUGUGCACUCUCCCCCUGCGUCGCCUGUCUCGUCUGUGUCAAUUGUGUCGUGCUCGCGCGAUUUACCCUCCGCUCUGACGCCCUCGUGCUUCACGUCUGGCGUUCCUCGGGAGGAGAAGGAUGGUCGGCGCCUUGUCGUCCUCGGACUCCAUUUGACCUCGCCUCGGUGUCUAGACGGAGCACGAAGGGUGGAGGUAAACUGCGCAGCUCAAGCCAGCAAAGAAAGGAACAAGGACGAGGUCUGCAUGCGCAAUGACGGCGCAGAUCAGAGGAACUGCGAAAACGACGGCAGGAAGGAAACAGCGAGGAAACGUGGAAAAGGACGCGCGUGCAGGAGCAAAGCGGAGUCAGCAGAUGGGGCGCAGCAAGACCGAACUCCGGAAAAGGAAAUGCACGACGAGAAACUGGAAAAAAGAGAGACACUGGGAAGCGAAGUUGAGAACCAUAGCGACAGCGAAGACAGCACGCCGGGGCCUGAAAGUGAGGACGACGGUAGAGGAACGCAGCAAGCGCGAGCGACAUGCAGCAAAUGCAACGGAGAGACUCAUGUGCCUCAGUUCAGUCAACAGAGUCCUCGUCGCCUGUUUUCGCGUUGGACACAACACAAAGAAAGAAAGACAACAGUGCGUCGGACGGGCGCCAAUGCAAGAUGGAGUUUCUUCUUGCCCAGCCGAAAGAAGAAGCAAGGAGAAAGCCGAGGUAGCCGGCACAACAGAAGGCUGACUGCGGGGCUCGAAGACGAAAGCAGGCAAAAGAGCGAAAGUGAGAAUUGGGAAACUGAUGGGGAACGCGAACUGGAGGACAUGAGACCAUUCACUGCGUCGAACGACUCCAGUCGCCUCAGAGGCUGUCUCCGAGCCUGUUCGCCCGCUGAUCCCCUGUCAGCUGGUGAGUGGGGAACUCUCACAGUAACUCGUGAGCCGUCUGACGAAGAAGAAGAGGAAGAAGACGAAGAUGAAAACGAUGAGGAACGAGACGAAGAUGAAAACGAUGAGGAAGGAGACGAAGAUGAAAACGACGAGGAGGCCGACGAGUCGAUAGGCUCGAAAAGGAGGGAAUUCGAAUCGCGGAAGCGGUGGAAAACUCGUAUGUUCGCUCUUCUUUUGAUGAUUCAAAUGACACUUAAUAUCGACAACGGCGUCGUGCCUGCAGUCCUGGCAGAUCUGGGGCGCGAGUUUCACGCAACUGCAUCCGAGCAAGGCCUUGUCGGCGCCCUGCCUCACAUCGGGAUGCUCGUUUUCUGUCCGUUUUGCGCCCGGUGCCUCGAGGCUGUUGGUCCCCAGCGUCUGCUUCUGGUGUCGCUUCUCCUCAACGCCGCGGCAGUCGUCUUCUUCGCAGUGAGCAGCUCCUGCUUCUCACUCUUUCUCUCGCGCUUCCUCAUCGGCUUCUCGCAAACCGCUUUCGUCGUCUACGCCCCGGUCUGGGUGGACAAGUUCGCGCCUCACAAGCUCCUCACCGUCUGGAUGGGCUUGACCCACUCCGCCGUCGUCGUCGGCGUCGUGGUGGGCUACCUUUUCGCAGGAUUCCUCAGGCAGUCGAAACACAACUGGAGAGGCGCCCUUUUGUUGCAGGUCGUUUUGCUUCUCUCUCUAAUUCUCGUUCUCGCUUUCUCCGACUCCGUCCAUGUCGACGUGUGGGCUGACGCUGAAAGCAGCGCGGCGAAUGCGUCGCAUUAUCGUGCAGCUGCUGUGCCGCCACUCCAAGAAGGAAAAGAAACCGAGGAAGAAGAAGAGGAAGAAGAAGAGGAAGAAGAAGGGGAAGAAACAGGGGAAGAAGAAGAGGAAGGAACGGGGCAAGUAUGCAGGGAGGAACGUGAAUUCAGAGACAAGGCGGAAGACGUGGAGGCGAGGCAAGAGGUGAGGAGAACGUUGCAGCAGAAGGAAGAGAAGACAACAGAUCUCUGGGGGAGAGCGGAGUUGCAGGGUGAAGCAUCGACGGGGGCACUGGAAGCCCGCGAGGCUAUCAAGGGAAGGAGUGGGGAGGUAAGCGAGUCCAGGCGAGAUGAAAAGGAAGACAGAGAGGUACCGCAUGCAGUGGUUGUAGAGAAGGGCGAUGGGGACGACGAGGCUCGGAAAAAGGGGGAAGAAGAAGGCAGCGAGUGCGAGAGAAAGACAGAAGUUCGUCCAUCGGGUCAAAGAGAGACGCGCCAUUUCGAGAAUCAGAUGAUGAGUGCGUUGCCUCCUUCUCCGCCUGUCUCCUCGCCGAGGCUCUCUUGUCUCGUUCGAUACACUCCAGAUCCCCCCCGUGAAUCCCUUCAUGCAGAAUCGAGCGUUCAUUCUUCCCACCGGAAACGGACUUUGUUCCGCGCAUUUUCUUCCGCUGGCUUCGUCGUCACUCCUGUCUCCUCCUCUUCUCAACCUACCUCAUUCAGGCCGUCUUCCAGCGCGUCUCGACUGUCUCCUCAGUGCCCCCUCUGCGUGUGUUCUGGUGCCUCCUUCUGCUCCUCGUCUUCCACUUCUCGCGUCGUCUCGCUCACACAGACAGACGUGUCUUCAUGCUCUGUAGCACUGUCUGCAUCGUCAAAUGGCGCUUCUUCAUCUUCUUUCUCGUCUUCAUCUUCCUCAGUUCUCCCUUCAAACGCUGCUGCGUCCUCUUUUCCCUGUAAAGCUUCCUCAUCGCUCUGCCCCACAAAGUUUUUCUUAGCAGCGCCUCGUUCCCUCUCACUUCAUCGCUUGCCGCCCUCAGCGUUUCCACUUUCUUAUUCAGCCUCUUCGUCAAGCGCAGCGUUCUUGUGCCCGUUCCUCUCCUGCUUCCCUCCUCCCUCUGUUCCUCGAACAUGCAUGCGCCUCCCAGAUAAGAUGCCGCGAGGCUCACAGACAGUCCCCCCCUGCGGCAAGGCUGAGGAUCUUCUCAAGAACGAAUGGUUCUCUUCCUCAGAAAAGGAGACACUUCCAGGAGCGCCCGACCGCAGCGAAUGUCCCCCUGGUUCCCACCAUUCUUUUCCAGCUGCAGAGUGGAGCGUGGCGUCUUCCUUUCCUUGGGUAGCGACGACUGUCGCCGCUUGCUCGGCGUCCAGAGCUUCUCUCACCCUCGACGAGCCCCACCGCCGGGCCGGAGGUGAGGAAUCUCUGAACGGAACAACGAGAAGCGAUCUGGAAAACGCGCAGCAAACGUCGUCUCCUAGAUCUGUCGCGAACGCAGUUGUCUCGCGCUCAGAAGAAGCGGAGAUCAUGGCGAGUGGCAGGAACGGCAACGAGCGAAGCGCCGCAGUCGCCCAAGAGAGUACCGUGAGGACGGCCGAGGCUGGCCGAGGAGGAAGUGUGGAGAAGAGGACAGAGGGACCGCGACAGGCGCCAAGAGAAGAGGCAGCAAGGCUGGAAAAAACGAGGCCUCUCAGAGGCACCGCGUCGCAGACCCAGGAGAAGCAAGUGUCUUCAACUCAGGCCAGCUUUUCUCGGUCCGCCUCCCUCCCCUUUGGGUCUUGGCGAAGGCGACUCGAGGGCCGCGCACGGCCCCCGCGCUUCGCCUCUUGUGGAGAGAACGGCAGGGCAGAAGAGCGACAGAGGACGACGAAGAAACGGAGAGAGCGAGACGCAAUUCUCGCCGCUCUCGCGCAUGCAUACUACAGUGAAGGCCGACCAGACGAAGUGGAGGCGACAUGCAGAGGAGGUGAGGGCCUCCGUGGACGCUCAGCAGAAGCGAGGAGCUCCCAGAAAACCGAAGAGCGCCGAGUGCGAGCGCGGGCGACUGAAGGUGGAAGCGUCGACCGCGCCAAGGCAAGAAAAGGACGGCGUCGCCUCGGAGAGACACUCGAAAGGGGGGAAAAGGAAGAAGAAAAACGAGUUCAAACGGCGGAAAUGUUCUGCAGCAAGGCUGGUGACAGCGAAACCAUACCCGCACAAAGCGAAGCGGCGAAAGAGCGACGAAAGCAGGUGGAGGAACGACUUCCAGACCUGCAGAGCGUGUCAGUCAAGAAUGACCAGAAAGGUCCACUCGACUCUUUGCUGGACGCGCGAAGGCAGCUGUCUCGGCCUGUCAAGCUGGUCAGUGGAGAACGCGAUUCUGAACGGCAUGACACACUUCCUUGCUCGAUACGAAACCCCGCGCCUGCACGUCUCCUUCGACGCUCCACGUCUGCCUCGGCGUCGGUGUCUUCGGCUCCGUUCUCGGCUUCCCUCACCUCCCUUGGGACGCGCAACGAAGCGAAAGGGCGGCUGCAUGUCUUGCGGCCUGCUGCGAAAUCUCUUCCGAGAGCCCACAUUGUCUUCAUUCGUCCGGCGAGCGGCCAGACAGACACAUCUCAAGCGGAGAACGAGAAGGCAGAUGGACGAGAUGCUGUCGACAGGCCUGAGACGCCAGAGAGCAGUUGUUCUGCGUUGCAUGCGCUCCAGUCUGCAUGCAAGAGAAGGAAGCGAGACGACAUGCGAUGUGUCGUAGCUGUCCACACGACACCGUCCUCGCAUUCAGAGCUUGUCUUCAACGCCUUUCUCCGAGGCACAAAAUUGCUGCUUUUCACUCCGCCGAUCGGACUGAUGCUUUCGUCCUCGGCCGCGGCUCCCCGGGCUGGGAGCCAGGAAGCUCAUCGCAGCGGGUCGAGGAAGCGCGCGCGUGAAGCGACGCAGGAAGGCGGGGGACAGGAAGAAGACGCUCGAGGCGACAAACGGGGGACAGGCAUGGCUGAGAGGCCGAGAAGAAGAACGCAGAGAUCCCGACAAGAGCAAGCGCCGGCAGCGAGGGAAGACGAAGCCAAGGUGGGUGGCAAAGACGCGAAGGAAGCCGGACAAAAGGAACGCGAAGAAGCUCUAGAAGAAGGCGAGCAGAGACAACGCCAAAGGGGCAGAGCAGGCGAGAGGACGAGAGCGACAGUGGGAGACAGCGGGGCACAGAAGCGGACUGCUCGAGCAGAAGAAAGCGAAAGGUUGCGUCUCUCUCCUGGACGGCUGGCCAGUGGCUACCGGAAGCAAACGACUUCAGGGCGCCACGAAUCCUCAGCGCGGGCAGAGUCGCGGACCUGCGAGGAAGCAACUGAAGGCGAGACAGGUAGAGACAAACGCGAAAAGGAGACUCAACGAAGACGAGUAGAGAGGGGGUUCAUCGAGGUUGGACGGGAUCGUCAUGUAGGCGACGGGGGGAGUGUUGAGACAGAUGCGUUCGGCGAGAGCGAAGGCAGACAAGUUCCGCGACUCAAGCAGAUGCGCGGAUUUCCUUCGUGGUGCUACUCUUUAUUGCGACUUCCCAGUGAACGCCUCCAUGACCCUGCAUGCUGUCCCUGUCGGCGCCGAGGAGAUGGCAAGGACUGCCGGCACCGGGCGGUCGUCAAGCGCGCGACAGAGACCUCGAGUCGAAACAGAGGGAGAGAAUCGAAGAGGAGAAACGAGAGUGAGACAGAACGAGACGACAGCGACGACGAACGCCUCGGUCUAGCUCACGCCUUCGUUCCCGCGCCUCGGCUUGCGACAGGGUCCUUUUUUCCUCCGCAGUCUGUCGCGCGCGCUGCGGAGCUAAGACAAGGGCAUUCGCAUGCACAGCAGCUUCUCUCAGACACAGCACCUGCAUUCUCCCAGGCUGGUGCUCCGCCCUGCUCUCCCGCUCUCCUCCCCAAAACGCCCUCCGCAGAAAUCAGGGAGCAACCGACCAUGCUUUUCGAGGGAUCUCGCCAACUUCAUUCCCUGCAUGUCGUCGAUCUUUCGUGCCAGACUUAUCACUUGCCUUCCUCCGCUUCUGGAAUUCGACAUAUCUUUCCUCGCUUGCCGGCCUCGCCUUCGGCUGCCGCCACGAAGGCAGAAGCUGCUCUAUCCUCACAUAUGUCUUCGCCUUCCUCUUCCUCUCAGUCUUCUUCUCCUAUAAGUGCCUCUUCUUCCUCUCCAGUUUCACACUCUUCCUCGCUCGGUUGGCCUCCCCCAACGUCGUCGUCUGGAGGUUCCCUAAACGCCUUUUGCAGGGCUCCGAGGGUCGCUGCGGGGGCUAGAGACGGCGUGAGGGAGGGCAGAACGAGAGUCGAAGACGAAGCAGAGAGAAGAGGGCAAGCAGAGUGGGAGGCACAGCCGAAAACGCAGAGGAUAGGAGAGGGGACGAGAGGUCAAGGGGAUGGAGAGGAAAGACGCUCCAUCCCGGGUCUUUGUCCGGCGCAUACGCCGCUGCUUGUUGCCGUGCAUGAAGAGGCGGCGGUUGCCACUGCUGCCGUGUUUGCAGCGCCAAUGUGGACAGAAGAAAGCCCCGCGUCAGAGAAAGAAAAGGUGAAGAAAUGUCCGUGGGCAACAGAUAUUGAACAGGCAAAAGUGCGAAAGACAGAAAAUCAUGAAGACGAGAACCGGUCAGAAGACAACGCAGGGACCUCUGGCGGUCGAUCGCACACCCACACACUGGCCGUGGUGUCUCUGCGGCAAAGGCCUCAGGCCGAAGAUAAGUCGAAGAGAAAGGCUGAGGCAGGAGCGACGCGGAAGGGGAAACCUGCUAAAGAAAAAGAAGAGGCUACGCUCCCGGAGAAGAAUAGGGAAAGGCGGAGAGAGAGACGGGGUGACGGUGACGGGCAGAUUCCCUGCGGAUCGCCUCGCACUGUUUUUUCGCCUUGCAAACGCCUGAGUGAGGAGUCCCGCCGAGAAGAGAGGGAAGAAGAUGAGGCACAGAGCAACCAGCCAAGAGGAAGAGAUGGGCGCGCCGCUGAAGUCGAGGGCAUCGAAGGAGACAAUCCAACAGCAGACAACAGACUUCAGGAAGAGUUUUUCGUCCACACAGUUUGCGUUGACCUGCCUGCACUGCAUGUGUUAGAUGGAGGCGCUAAGGCAGGCGACCAAGAAGCAGGAAGAGAAUACAGCAAAGACGGAAGAAGCGAAGAAGGAGAAAGAGCAUACAAGAGCGGAGGCGAACGCAUGAAGACGGUUGUUGUGACGUCUCACCUAGAAAAGACGACCGACGUUAUUUUCAUUGCAAGAAAAGAAAUCACAGACCAAAACCUGGAGGGGCAGAGCCCUAGUGGGGUGGCAGUUGUUGGUGUGGAGCUUCAGGCCACGGCCGGCGACGACGCCGAGUGCAAGCCAGCUAGCCACGAGGACGACGACCCUGGCACGAGAGACGAAGAAGCGAGGAAGGAAGAGGAAGCGGCAGACGAAGGUGUCAAGGGAGACGCAAGCACACAAUCGGCGCGAGGGCUACAUGAGAGAAGAAACCACGAGGUGGCGAACGGAGGAAAGAUCCUCGGGAUAGAGUGGAAGGUGAAAGGCUGUCCGACGGGACAAGAGGCAAUCGAGGCGACAAGGUCAUGUGAAGAGGUGGGAGACAACCGACAGCAGGAGGCAUACAGCGGGAAUGGGGACGAAGACGAUACCAGCGACCUCAAGCAACCACACAAGCGCAAUUUCGGGAACCUAAAACAAUGGCGGAAGAAGCGAGGAGUUUCCAGAGAGGGGCGCGAACCCCGUAGGCAAACACAUGCAGACGGCCCCGCUGAAAAAGACAAAAGACCCCAAAAACAACUGGAAACGAAGGACGCGGACGAAGGAGAGCAGGAGAAAACGCGCGACAACACUGUCGAAAAACAGCAAGACGAAGCCUCAACUUUGUGUAGCAGCAGAGAGGAAGACGACGAAGACAGCCGGGUUGCAGGCACUUGGAAGAAGCGUACUCUCGGGCGUCUUUUGACCAAUCCACUCUACGUCUGUCUCACACUGGCGCUCUCGUCCUUGUUCUUCGAGGUGACGGCCAUCCAGUUCUGGGCAACGAGGUACUUUGACGAAGAACUGCAUGCUGACACAGGUACAGUCUUAAUGAUUCUUCUUUGGUCGCUUUCUGGAUUUGCUUUUCUUCUCCUCGCCACCGCCUUUGCCUCCCGGAUUCUCAACACCAAAGGAGCAGAGGGUGGCGAAGAAGUGGAGGCAGGGGAGGAGGCAGAAAAAAACCGGAAAUCGCUCGAGGCACGCGGGAGGCCAAGACGCGAAAGGCGGGCGAGAAGAGGGACAGAUGGCGUUUGAGGCAGGGAACAGGCAAACAGGGAAAGGAGUGGCGGGCCUAAUGCGAUGGGUUUCUAAACAGGAGAGAUAUUAAAAGAAAAAGUUUUUCAUCGUGGUCAGUCUGGUGGCGGGGUAACUAUGUCGUUCGUGACUUUUUGUCGCCUCGUUCUCCUUCAUUUGUUCACUGUCUUUAUCUUUCACUGCUGAAAAGCGACGCUGAAGCUAAAAAAAAACUGUCCGACAGAAAUGUGAUUCAUUCCGUUUCUCGUCGGCCCCAAGUUCCCCCG